AUGGUGAUUUAUGACGAACCCCCCCCCCCACCACGGGCCACGAUCAGCCGCGAACAGGUGACGAGUUCCAUCGGCGAUCUUCUGGGCACGUACUACCUCAAGGAAGUGUGGACGGACGAAAUCGCCGCGCGCGCCGACUCGCUCGUGUUGAAGCUGAAAGCGACCUUCAAAACCGGGCUGGACAAUAACCCCAAAACGUACCCCACCUUGACGUUUGACCCCAAGGCGUACAUUGGCAACCUGAACAAGGUGUCUGCGUUCGACACUGCCUUCAACCUAGCUCAGAUCGACACUGCCCCCCCGAUCUUCGAUGCCAAGGCGGACCCGUCCUCGAAUUAUGCCGCCAUUGGCGUUACUAUCAGCCACGAAAUCACCCACGCCUUCGACAGCUUUGGCAGAUACUUCGACAGCGACGGCAAAUUUAAUCCGUUGUGGACUGCUACCGUGAUGAAAUUGUUCGACGAAAAAUCGAAGUGCUUCGUCGAGCAGUAUGGGUCCAUGGACAUCAAGAGCGAGCUCACGGGUGAUUUGCUCGGCAAGGUGAACGGCAAAUUGACAUUGACCGAGACCAUCGCCGACAAUGGGGGGCUCAACGCUGCGUACCGGGGGUACCAGGACUACAUGCACGCUGAGGCCGAAGCCACCAAAUACACCAAGGAAACAGGCGAAAAGAUGUUUUGGAUCAGGUACGGCCAAUCGUGGUGUGAAAAGAACAGCGACGAGUACCUCCAGUUCUGCUCACCGACGUACACCCCCCUCGUCGCCUCCGCUUGA